ACGCUUUUUAGAAACGACGGCGAAUUUGCGGACGCUCCCCGGGCCAGUUCCUGCAAUGAGGACGCGUCUUUUUGGAGAGUAACAGAGCGGAUAUUAUACAUGAAUACGGAGCUCUCUGUAUUAUAUCUCCGAAAAGCAAAAGCGAAACUGUUAAAUGCAUCGUCGAGGAAGAAAUUAGCGAGUCACGACACCGCGCUCUCUGCAGAACAAGACGAGUUAUUAUAAAAACUAAACACGGGGUUUUAAAAACUGCGUUUGUUUUUUGAAAAACCGAGUUGUGUUUAAUUUGACCUAACUUUUUUUUUUUUUCUUAGAGUCAAAAAUACAAUAAUGUCUAAAAAAUCUGUACUUAAAGUGGGAAAUGAGAAUCGUCAAAAGGUAGAGACCUAUCGUCAGUCCCUGUUCACAGAGGCUGACAAUCUCUUCUCAUAUUUCAUACCUAAAAAGAUCUUGCAGCUGGAUUUGUUCCUUAAGGAGGAUGUUGUGAACGUUUCGGACCUCAGUCUGAUUCACGCCCCCCUCGAAAUCCCCAUCCCGGAUCCCCCAAAGCAGGAGGACGAGAUGGAAACUGACAAGGAGGACGAGAAGAAGAAAGAAGCUCCUAAGUGUGGCUUCAUCAAAGGCAAUGAGAAGAUGCUAGUGCUGCUGGAUCGUGUGAAGCCAGAGAUCAAGACCCUCAGAGAGACCUGCAUCCUGGUUGCAACUUGGAUUCAGCACAUGAUUCCUAAGAUUGAAGAUGGCAAUGAUUUUGGAGUUGCAAUUCAGGAGAAGAUUUUGGAACGUAUCGCCGCAGUGAAAACUAAAGUGGAAGGAUUUCAAACCUAUAUCUCCAAGUAUUAUUCAGAAAGAGGAGACGCUGUUGCCAAGGCUUCAAAGGAUACUCAUGUGAUGGAUUAUCGCUCCCUGGUUCAUGAGAAAGACGAGGCAGUGUACUCUGAGAUCCGAGUCAUUCUUAUGGAUAUCAGAGGCUUCUACGCGGAGCUUUAUGACAUCAUCAGCAAGAACGAAGACAAAGUGACCAAUCCGAAGGGAGAAGAGAAGCCAUCGAUGUACUGAGAGAGAGAGAGAGGGAUGGGCAAUGUUUAGUUGUUUAUUUUUUCACUUUGCUACCAACUUCACAAGUUUUAAUAGAAAACUGAUGGUCUUCAAAACCCAUCACAAAGUGACAGCACACACACAUCUUGCAUUUCUGCUAGUUUUUAGAUUUGAAAUCUCUAGGUGUGUGGAGGACUGUAGUCUGCCGUCAUUUAAGGUGUCCUGUUUAAAAAUAUCAAAAAUAAAAUUUGGAAAAAAAUAUG